AUGUGUAACCAGCUGGCGUGCAACGUCCUACCAAAUAUCCUCAUUGGUCCUUUUAUUGUUGCAUGGUAUACUUAUAAGACAGCUCAAACUGCUGGAGGUAUGGGUGUUGGAAUAAUAUACGCAUAUUUUGUGCUCGGUACAAUCGUCAAUAAGAUACUCAUUUCGCCGAUGGUCCGAUGGAAUGGUCGAGUAGAGAAAGCUGAAGGUGACUUUAGGUACAAACAUGUGACGUUACGUAAUAACGCCGAAUCGUCAGCACUUUAUAAGGCGGAAAGUUUCGAACGAUUUGAAUCCGAUCGGUUGUUCAAUAUUCUUUGGUGGCGACAAUUUUGGUACAUUUGCUGGAAACUUCCGAAUAUGUGUAAGAAUGACUAUGAUCUCAAUCUCCUCAUGAAGACACAUUUUUUAGUUUGGCAAAAGUUCUAUAACUACUACGGUGCAUGUCUCAGUUAUGCAAUACAGUACAUACCCAUUUUCAUAUAUCACCUCUACGACGAUAUGCCAGUAUACGACCUCGCCGGUACCAUUUCUCAGGUUACUUUCUUAAGUUCUUCGAUUAAAUAG